GGUUAUCAGUUGAUCCACCUCCUAAUUGGGGGCCUCAGAUUUGCUCGAAUAUAGCUGAAUUUGAGAAAGAAAACUUGAUAUCUUUAAUGCAUCUACGCAUGAUAUCAUCAUAUAAGCUAGAAGGUGGUAUCUGUAAAGUUAAUGAUAUCAUCAUAUAAGCUAGAAGGUGGUAUCUGUAAAGUUAAAUUCAUGUAUAAAAGUUAGAAGGAGAAAAAUAAUGUACAUGACAAUCGAAACUUUGCUUUCAGUACAAGGAAGAAGUAAUCGGGCCUCUGGUUAAGGGUCAACAAGGAAAAAUAUCACCACUUUUUGUUUCAUCUUCCCUCGAAUUCUCUCUGUCUCUCUCAAGGAAAAACAUCACCACUCUUUUGUUUCAUCUUCCCUUGAAUUAUCUCUCUUGCUUUUUUUUUUUGGAAGGUUCUCUCUCUUGUUUGUGUAAAACAACCCAUUCUCUCUCUCUCUUGCUUGUUUGGGCAUAAAAGAAGGAAACCCAUCUUCCUGUUUUCUCUCUUCUGAUAGACUCUUCUGUUCUCUCUACCUCUAUCGCUUGCUCUGUUAAGCUCUGUUCGGUGGAGCUCUUGUUUCUAAGCACCCAUCAUCGCUUCCAGGCUUUUCAUCUCUAAAUUCAGCAGAAGCUUCUUCUUCUUCUUUCCUCUUUCUCUCUUUGAUUCUAUAACCGUUCCGCUGUCUUCUUCAUCUUUUAUUUGCGAUGAGUGAUGGGGAGCAGAAGUGCCUCGAUGGGGAGAUGAGUGAUAAGGAGCAGGAGUGCUUCGAUGGGGAGAUGAGUGAUAAGGAGCAGGAGUGCUUCGAUGGGGAGAUGAGUGAUAAGGAGCAGGAGUGCUUUGAUGGGGAGAGCGCGGUGGCUCUGGUAUCCGAGCUUAGAGCGAGUUUCAGGAGUGGUAAGACUAGGAGUUAUGAGUGGAGAGUGCAGCAGGUGAAGCAGUUGAUCAAGAUGAUUGAUGAGAAAGAGAAGGAGAUCAUGGAAGCUCUUUAUGCCGAUCUCGCCAAGCCCCAAUUCGAAUCCUACCUUCAUGAGAUUUCUUUGACAAGAUCUGAGGCCAAAUUGGUGCUUAAGGAGUUGAAAAGUUGGAUGAAGCCAGAAAAGGUCUCUUCGUCAUUGGCUACUUUCCCUUCAUCAGCAGAAAUUGUAUCAGAACCACUAGGAGUUGUUCUAGUCAUUUCGGCAUGGAAUUAUCCUAUCUUGCUGUCACUCAACCCCUUGAUUGGAGCUAUUGUUGCUGGGAAUGCUGUUGUGUUGAAACCAUCGGAAAUAUCACCAGCUACAUCCUCCUUGCUUGCAACUCUUAUACAUGAAUAUCUUGACAAUUCUGCUAUCAGAGUUGUUGAAGGGGCUGUUGCUGAAACAACUGCUUUGUUGGAACAGAAAUGGGAUAAAAUAAUGUAUACAGGAAAUGGAAAGGUGGGGAGAAUUGUGAUGAGUGCAGCUGCAAAGCACCUUACACCUGUAAUCCUCGAGCUGGGUGGGAAAUGUCCUGUUAUAAUUGAUUCGGACAUCAAUUUAGAAGUGGCAACAAGACGGAUUGUUGUGGGGAAAUGGGGAAGCAAUAACGGGCAAGCAUGUAUUGCACCAGACUAUAUAAUUACUGAAAAAUCCAAUGCUCCAAAAGUGGUUGAGUCUUUUAAAUCUACAUUGGAGAAAUUCUAUGGGAAGGAUCCCUUUGAAUCAAAGGAUUUGUCUCGCAUUGUGAAUUCCAAUCAUUUUGCCCGCCUGUCAAAUAUGUUAGAUGAUGAAAAGGUGUGUGAUAAGAUUGUUCAUGGUGGUCAACGUGAUGAGAAACACCUCAUGAUUGCACCUACACUCAUACAAGACGCUCCGAUGGAUUCCCUGGUUAUGAGUGAUGAGAUAUUUGGCCCAUUACUUCCCAUAAUCUCAGUAGAUAAAAUAGACGAGAGUUUUGAGCUUAUAAAUUCUAGAGCAAAGCCACUAGCAGCGUAUCUCUUUACGAGUGACAAGAAGCUGGAGGAGAAGUUUGUCAAAAGCAUAUCUGCAGGGGGGCUUCUUGUCAACGAUACGUGCUUGCAUCUCACAAUUUCCUCCCUACCAUUUGGAGGCGUAGGGGAUAGUGGUAUUGGGGCGUAUCAUGGUAAAUUUUCGUUUGAUAUUUUCAGCCACAAAAAAGCAGUGCUACGCCGCUCCUUUGGUGGAGAUCUUUCUGCACGUUAUCCACCCUAUACACCAAGGAAGCAGCAGUUCCUGAAGUCCCUUCUAGCCCUUGACAUUCUUGGUAUACUUCUUGUAUUGAUAGGAUGGACCAAAAAUUGAGACUCUUCCCACUGUUUCACGUAUACAAGCUGGACCAGAACGCUGAAGGCUGCUGCUUCAGUUGCAGCUUUGAAUUUUUUUUCCCCUUGUUUAUUAUGGACUGAAAUCAUUAGCUUACAAAUCAGUAGUUAUCGUGUUCAUAUUAUCCAUUAUGUUUGCUGAAUGCAAGUGAAAAGGAUGAAACUAUUGGCUGUC